AUGGCCACCUCGACCGCCGCCGUGCUGUCGCCACCAUCCGUGGCGGGUCUCCGCCUGGCGCCGUCCCCGCGGCAGGCGCGCCCGUCCUUCCGCUCCACGCCGGCGAGGCGACCCGUGGCGGCGCAGGCGGCACUGAGCCCGUCGCUGGUGAUCAGCCUCAGCACGGGGGUGUCGCUCUUCCUGGGCCGCUUCGUCUUCUUCAACUUCCAGCGGGAGAACGUGGCCAAGCAGGUGCCCGAGCAGAACGGCAAGACGCACUUCGAGGCCGGCGACGAGCGCGCCAAGGAGUACGCGGGGCUGCUCAAGUCCAACGACCCCGUCGGCUUCAACCUCGUCGACGUCCUCGCAUGGGGGUCGCUUGGCCACAUCGUCGCCUACUACAUCCUCGCCACCUCCAGCAACGGAUACGACCCCAGCUUCUUCUGAUCAGCUAAUGGGGCCAGCUGCUCGUUCUUGAGCUCGUUGUAAUCUACUCAGUCCGUUAAGUUCUGCGACGGUGAUGUAUCCGAUGGUGAAAGAUUGAUUAAUUUGGACAAGUAGUGCAACUGCGUGUGUAUAUUGCCGCAUGCAUCUGGUA